AUGGGAAGGGUGCGCCUUCCUGCCAGGCAUGCAAGCCUCUUCAGCCUGGGAGAGCGGAGCAAACAAGCACAGUCCCCCGUUGGCUCAUCCCUGCCGCUGCCUGACCCUCUCUCUGUGUUCCUUCCUCCAGGUGUUCUACUGAUCUUGGCACUGACAGAAGAGCUGGUGUUUUCUGUUCAGGUACUGUCUCCCACUGUAUCCUCCUCUCAGGGCCUCCCGAUGGACACUACCACUGUCACAGCCAUGGGAACGACGCCUGGCCGCAAGGACCGCCACGUGGCAGAGCCCACUCCCACCUCUGCGCGCGCCGUUCCCCAUCCUGUCGGCCUGGCGGGGAGCAACGCGUCCGCUGGCCAGGAGCCAGCGAGCGACCCUCACGUCGGCGAAAAGGAAACGUAUCACUUGUACAACCAGAGCGCUUUGUACUCGGGACAGACUCGCCCCAAGGGGAAAAUAUUCCAGAUUUUCAAAGGCAACUUCACAGAGUCUUCAGAGCCUUACCUAAAGACCACCCUGCACUCUCCCUUCCCUACCUUGAGGAGCUCUUUCACAGACCAUCCAUUUCAGUCCCAGACUGCAACCUCCAGCGAUCCCAAUGGCACGGGGCUGGCCAGAACUACACCCUCAGACCCUUCUCCCCACCCCGAUACCUCGGGAAGCUUUAGGAAAGCAGAGCGAGGGGAGGGGACCGAGCGAGUUGUGCAGAAAGCAGAUUUUGCCACCACAACUGCUGGACCAUCCACUGAUCCUGAAGCAGUGUCGGUGCCUUUUAAACCCACCCGCUAUGGUGUAUGGGAUAUGCUGAGCAAAAACAAUUCUUGGGUAACCUUGAAUCUCAGUACAAAUGUCCCCUUGUUUGCUGGCCCUGGAACUGCAGCAGCAGCAGUGGGUCACUCGGUUCAGACCAGCUUUGAUGUCAACAUCUCCUCCCCAGCAGUGGGAGACCCCACGGGCACCGCCCCAACACAGCAGGGCCUGGUGACGGACACCACCUUGCUGGGCAGUGCUCUCUCCACAGCGCCCGCCACGAGGUUGUCCAGCUCCAUGUCCACUGCUGGCUCCACCGCCACUGGAAACUUCCUCAACAGACUGGUUCCUGCCGGGACCUGGAAACCUGGGGUUCAAGGAAAUAUCUCCCAUGUCACUGAGGGGGACAAGCCCCAGCACAGAGCAACCAUCUGUCUCAGCAAGAUGGACAUUGCCUGGAUCAUUCUGGCUAUCAGCGUACCUAUAUCCUCUUGUUCAGUUCUGCUGACAGUCUGCUGCAUGAGGAGGAAGAAAAAGACAUCUAACCCAGAAAACAAUCUGAGCUAUUGGAAUAAUGCUAUUACCAUGGACUACUUCAACAGGCAUGCUGUAGAGUUACCGAGAGAGAUCCAGUCUCUGGAGACAUCAGAGGACCACCUCUCCGAGCCGCGCUCCCCCGCCAACGGCGACUACCGCGACAGUGGGAUGGUCCUCGUGAACCCCUUCUGUCAGGAAACGCUAUUUGUAGGACAUGAGCAAGUCUCUGAAAUAUGACGCCGCAGCUGCCCUCGUGUUGCAGUUUCAUCUCUACUGUCUCCAAAUUAUAAAUAAAUAUAUAUAUUAUAAAUAUAACCUUUGUGUAACCCUGAAUUACAAGAAAUGUUUU